CAAUAGUUUAGUAUACCCAAGUUGCAAUUGCGGCGGCUUUACGCUGAAAAAUAACAAUUAAAUCGUCGGGAAAAGGUGUUAAAUCGAGUAGGUGGACGCAAUGAAGCGCCUACGCAGCCAGUAGCAGGUGAAACCAUGAGAAGAAAGUUGUCUAGAAGCUUUUUUGAUCCCAACAUCUAAAGGAUUUUGGAUAAAUAAUAGAUGUUCAAGUAGUGCCGACGCCACACAAAAAAAAGAGACAGACGCAGAUUGCAAAAAAAAAGCGAAGAGAGGCGGAAAGAGGAAGAGCGAUAGAAUAAAAGAAGAAGAAGCGAAGCGACGAACGCGCGGCAAAUGCUGACAUAAAAAAAUAAAAAAAAAACAGUUUUUUGUAGUGCGAGAAAACCAGUAAAGCAACCAAAUCGCAUUUCUUGCAGAUCUUUGACGUGCUGGGCGGAUAAACAGCCGGUUACCUAUGGGAAAGAAAAGCCCCAACGCCCGUCAAUCAGAUGCCGCUACACCUUUGACCACAGACGACUCCAACUUCUCACACGUAUCUGGAACUGAAUCGGAAUCUUCAAAGCCAAAAACAAAGCAGUCCAGAUCAAACCGAGAUGUCAAGGCAUCCGGAAGUAGCAGCUCCAGCGAUUCCGAGCAGGCAUUAGCCAAUAGUUCAACGAACGAAGAGGAGCCCGUUUGCAAGAUUCGCAUUGUGCCGCUGGAAAAGCUGCUGGCCAGUCCCAAAAUAAAGGAAAGGCUUUCCCGCAGGAGUCUCAACCAGAGUAUUACUACCAUCGAUUCCAGCGAUAACGAAGAGUCAGUGGAAAGGAGCACAUCCCUUCUGCCGCCGAGAAGAAGCCGCAACAAGAACGCUUCUAUCAUAGAACUAAGCGACAGCGAAGACGAGGACGACGACGAGAACCUAUUGGUCCCCAUCUCUUCGAAAAAGGAAAGGGAGGAGCAGCCGCAGGCCAAGUCUAUCAAAUCUAAGAACAAGACAUCCAAGAAAGUUCAAGAAGAAUUAGCGGAAGAAUCCAGCACAUCCACAUCCAGCAGGACAACUAAGAACACCAGAAGUAACCAAGAAAAGAAGCGGGAAAAAGCCACCUCAUCCAGAGAAGCACCAGAAGCCACCAAAAACGGUAACGGCAGACGAAGGGGUUCCCUGACCAGCGAGAAAUCUUCUAAAGCCAGCUCUCCACGAGCUGAAUCACCACCAAGGCCCAAACGCUGUGUGGUGCGCUUGAAGCGUGUCAGUCUGCCCAAAACGAAGCCCGCCCAAAAGCCCAAGAAAAUGAGCACGGACUCCGAGGAGGCGGCCACCACGUCCAAGAAGAGCAGACAAAGGCGCUCCAAAAACGAGAGCGAGGCAGACUCAGACUACGAAGCUCCAGCAGCUGAGGAAGAGGACAGAAAGUCCUCCGAGGGUGAGGAAGAGGAGGAGGCGGCCAACAGCAGCGACAGCGAGGUGAUGCCACAGCGGAAGCGGCGCCGAAAGAAAAGCGAAUCUGAUAAGGGCUCUUCCGACUUUGAGCCGGACGAGAAGCAGAAGAAGAAGCGCAAGCGCAUCAAGAAAUCCUCCAGCGGUGAGAGCGAUGGCGAUGGUGAUGAUGAGAAGCAAAAGAACAAGCGCAAGCAUAUACGCAAGAUCAUCAAGACCAAGGACUUGGAUCUGACUACCAAGGAGGCGGCCAAGGAGGAGGACGACCGAAGGAAGCGCAUUGAGGACCGCCAGAAGUUGUACAACCGCAUCUUUGUCAAGUCCGAGAGCGUGGAGAUAAACGAACUGGUGCUCGACUUCGAUGAGGAUUCCAAAAAGGCCCUGCUGCAGGUGGACAAGGGGCUGCUGAAGAAGCUAAAACCGCAUCAAGUGGCGGGCGUGAAGUUCAUGUGGGACGCCUGCUUCGAGACGCUCAAGGAAUGUGAAGAGAAGCCCGGCUCCGGCUGCAUCCUGGCUCACUGCAUGGGUCUGGGCAAGACCCUGCAGGUGGUCACCCUGUCGCACACGCUGCUGAUCAACACGAGACGCACCAGUGUAGAGCGCGUUCUGGUUAUCACGCCCCUCAGCACGGUGAACAACUGGGCGCGGGAGUUCACCAGCUGGAUGAAGUUCGCCAACCGCAACGACAUCGAGGUGUACGACAUCUCGCGAUACAAGGACAAGCCCACGCGCAUAUUCAAACUCAACGAAUGGUUUAAUGAGGGCGGCGUCUGCAUCCUCGGCUACGACAUGUACCGCAUCCUGGCCAACGAAAAGGCCAAGGGACUGCGCAAAAAGCAGCGAGAGCAGCUCAUGCAGGCCCUGGUCGAUCCCGGUCCGGAUCUGGUCGUCUGCGACGAGGGACAUCUGCUCAAGAACGAGAAGACCUCCAUUAGCAAGGCAGUCACACGAAUGCGCACCAAACGCCGGAUCGUCCUCACCGGCACUCCACUUCAAAAUAAUCUCAGAGAAUAUUACUGCAUGAUUCAGUUUGUUAAGCCCAAUCUGUUGGGUACCUAUAAGGAGUAUAUGAAUCGUUUCGUUAACCCGAUCACCAAUGGUCAGUACACGGACUCCACGGAUCGGGAUCUGCGGCUCAUGAAGCACCGCUCUCACAUUCUGCACAAGCUGCUUGAGGGCUGCAUCCAGCGGCGGGACUACUCGGUACUGGCACCUUAUCUGCCUCCGAAGCAUGAGUAUGUUGUCUACACAACACUGUCGGAGCUGCAGCAGCAGCUAUACGGCUAUUACAUGACCACGCACCGGGAACAGAGCGGCUCGGAUAUGUGCGGCAAGGGGGCGCGGCUGUUCCAGGACUUUCAGGAUCUGCGGCGUAUCUGGACGCACCCGAUGAACCUGCGGGUGAACAGUGACAACGUGAUUGCCAAACGGCUGCUCAGCAACGACGACUCUGAUAUAGAGGGCUUCAUCUGCGACGAGACCGACGAGGAGGAGGCAGCCUCCAACUCAUCGGACAGCUGCGACUCCUUCAAGUCGGACGCUAGUAUGUCGGGAUUGGCAGCCAGUUCGGGAAAGGCGAAAAAGCGCAAGACCCGUAAUGGAACCGCUGCUGGUGGCGGCGACAGUGAUUCCGAUCUGGAGUUAGUGGGCGGAUUAAGUGGGGGACCCAGUGUCCAGAAGGACGACCCUUCGGAAUGGUGGAAACCCUUCGUGGAGGAGCGAGAGCUGAAUAACGUGCACCAUUCCCCAAAGCUGUUAAUCCUGCUGCGGCUUUUGCAGCAGUGUGAGGCCAUUGGUGACAAGCUGCUCGUCUUCUCACAGUCCUUGCAAUCCCUGGACGUCAUCGAGCACUUUCUGUCGCUGGUGGACAGCAAUACUAAGAACUACGAGUUCGAAGGUGAUGUGGGCGACUUCAAGGGCUGCUGGACGAACGGCAAGGACUACUUCCGAUUGGACGGCAGCUGCAGCGUGGAGCAUCGCGAGGCGAUGUGCAAGCAGUUCAACAAUGUGACAAACUUGCGGGCCCGCCUAUUUCUCAUUUCCACUCGGGCCGGAGGCCUUGGCAUCAAUCUGGUGGCCGCCAACCGUGUAGUGAUAUUCGAUGUCUCCUGGAAUCCCUCUCACGAUACCCAGAGCAUAUUCCGGGUCUAUCGCUUUGGACAGAUUAAGCCGUGCUACAUUUACCGCCUCAUUGCCAUGGGCACCAUGGAGCAGAAGGUUUAUGAGCGGCAGGUGGCAAAGCAGGCUACGGCCAAGCGGGUGAUCGAUGAACAGCAGAUCUCGCGGCACUACAAUCAGACCGACCUUAUGGAGUUGUACUCGUAUGAGCUGAAACCUAGUUCCGAGCGAGAGAUGCCCAUUCUACCCAAGGACCGGCUGUUCGCCGAGAUUCUCACCGAGCACGAGAAACUGAUCUUCAAGUACCACGAGCACGAUUCGCUGCUGGAGCAGGAGGAGCACGAGAAUCUGUCGGAGGAGGAGCGAAAAUCGGCUUGGGCCGAAUACGAAGCGGAAAAGACUCGAACGGUUCAGGCAUCGCAAUACAUGAGUUAUGAUAGAAACGCCUUUGGCAACCAGGUGAUGGGCCAGUUUGGCAAUGCCUCCGGCAGCGUGACCUCCAACAAGAUAUUCGGCUUCCGGUCGGACAUCCUCCUGCAGCUGCUGAACAUGAAGAUAGCCAAGGACCAUCAUGAGCUUAACCAGAACCAGGUUAUUCAGUUGGUACCCACCUAUCUGCAACAGCUGUACAAUGAGAUGAACAACGGCGAUCCGACCAUGUACAAGGAUCUCCUUAGCCUGCACUCAAACAUCGUGCAUCCCAGCGGGAUGUACAUGAAUCCUCUGCUCUACGCCAACCAGCAUCCUAAUGCGGCUGGCUACAAUCAGGGCACUGGCGGUCCGCCGGGGGCAGCCGGAUCGGCGUCCCUCGCGCCAAAUGUAACUCCUGCUCCGGGCUUCGAGCCGGACAAGGUUUACGAAAUCGACUAAGCACCCGAAUCAAACCAACGGCAUGGUUACACUCUUUAAUUUAAUCGUAGGUAAUUCGUCGACAUUGUCGAUAUUUCCUUUGGACUAAAGUUACAAAUGUGGUUUAUCCUAUCUAAUUACCAUUUACCAAUUACCCAUAACCGAGCGCAUUAGAUUAUAUUUUCUAUCAAUGCAGUUAAGUUCAAAACUGUCCUAAUUCAUGUGUAGAUUUAAAUUAGAUACAAACUAAAAACACAAUUAUCUAGCGUAUGAUUUUACAGAUAAUUUACACAAUAUAGACCAUGGCUAUAUACAUACAUACAUAGUGCUAAUCCAGCUAGGAGACGCAGGAAGUUAUUUAACACGCAACAAGAUAACAAAAAUAAAUGGCACAGAUAUUAUGAAUAAAUGCGUAACAAUUUUCUCCUCCAAUUAAA